AUGUCGGCGAUCACAUCUAAAGCAAUCGUUAUCACGGCUUUCGCCGGUAAACACGGAACGAUUACCGUGCCUGGCGGGAACGCCGAGUUCACUAUUCUCGACUCUUCUGCUGAUUAUGACAGCGACGACAGCAGUAGUAACAGUGGAGGAGGGGCGCCCAAGAAACGGCGACGUUUGACGCAUUUGUCGCCGGAUGAGAAACUGCUGAGAAGAAAACUUAAAAAUCGUGUGGCAGCACAGACUGCAAGAGACAGAAAGAAAGCAUUAAUGGCAGAAUUAGAAGAGAAAGUGUCCAAGCUGGAAGAGGAAAACAAAUUGUUAAAACGACAGAACUACACAUUAAAAGAAGCAUCAACCACAUUAGCUAAGGAAAACGCAGCACUGAAAUCACAGCUGGCUGAUCAUCCAGUGCCUACCAUCAAGACAGAUUCUGAAACUAUAAGGUCUGCAGCACCUGCUGUUCCUCCGCAGAAGGAGCAGUUUCAGAUUCUGUCUCGAUGGAUGGCUCAGUACAUCACCGUUGUGGUCACCCUCAGUCUGAUGAUUUCCUGGGCUUGCUACAAGAACUUGCAGAAGACAGCAAAUGUGAGCAGUCGCAAGCGCAAACAACCACACCCUUCCCGCAGGAUAUCAGUGGAGGAGACUGCACUGACCACCGCAGCAGUGCCGACCACAGAACCUCCUCACCUCGAGUGGUGGGGCUCACACCAGCGGAGCUGGAAUCCCUCAAUGAAUUGA